CGCAACAGGAAGAAGUGACUGGACCGCUCCUACCUGCCUGUGGUAAUAUAUGAACAAAUGCAAGAAAGACAACCCAGUAACUAGGAUUAGGAGUUGGAAAUUUUGUGGAAGCUGCCUGGAAUAGAAAAUAUCGAGCCUAAACACUGGCUGAGCGACUUUGAGUGAAUCUGUGAAAGUAAGUUGGCUGUCAGAGACGAGCAGGAAGUCAAAUCAACAGCAUGGCUGCAAACGCAUCAGCGUCCGAGAUGGACUGCACCUGCCCCGUGUGCUGCGAUAUCUUCAAGGAUCCGGUUAUCUUGUUGUGCGGCCACAGCUUCUGCAAAGACUGUCUGCAGGAGUGGUGGAGACAGAGCAAACUCCACGCAUGUCCGGUCUGUAAGGAAAUAUUUCCAAUGGCUCAGCCUCCACGAAAUCUGGCAUUGAGAAACCUGUCUGACUCCUGGAGGCAAGAGAGGAGUCGGAGAGCUGACUCUGGAUCUGAAGAGAUCUGCAGUCUGCACAGUGAGAAACUCAAGCUCUUCUGCGAGGAUGAUCAACAGCUCGUCUGCGUGAUUUGUAGAGAUGCUCAAAAACAUAAGAAACACAACUGCGUGCCCAUCAACGAAGCAGCAGAAGCCCAUAGGCUCCAGCUCAAAAUUGAAGUGAUGACCCUAAAAACCAACCUGGGCUCAUUUAAAGGAGAAAAACUCAGCUGUGAUAAAAUGGCCAGCCACAUCCAGCUUCAGGCUCAGCGGGCGGAGAAGACGAUCAAGGAGGAGUUUCAGAAGCUUUACCAGCUCCUGCGAGCGGAGGAGGCUGCCAGGAUCGAUGCAGUGAGGAAAGAGGCGACGCUCAAGUCUGAAGCGAUGAACAUCAGGAUUGUUAAUCUGACUGCUGAGAUCUCGUCACUCAGCGACAGAAUUGAAUCCAUAGAGAGGGAGAUGAAGGCGGAGGACAUCUCUUUUAUGCUGAAUGUCAAAUCCACAAUGAAGCGAUCCCAGUGCAACCUGCCAGAACCAGAAACUCCAUCAGGAUCCCUGAUCGACGAGGCCAAACACCUUGGGAACCUGCUGUUCACAGUGUGGAUGAAGAUGAAGAGUCUAAUCCAGUACACUCCUGUAACUCUGGACCCCAACACUGGCGACUCACUUUUGAUUAUGUCAGAACACUUGACCCGUUCAACAAAAGGAGAGAAGUCUCAGCCACUUCCAGACAACCCAGAGAGGCUGCGUGGCGACGACGUUCUGGGCUUUGAAGGCUUCAGCUCUGGAAAACACAGCUGGGAUGUGGAGGUGGGGGGUUUCUGGGGUGUUGGUGUGGCUGCUAGGACCAAGAAUCCUGUCGAUGAAAGGAUCUGGGGCAUCUACGUGUGCACUUGCCAUGUCUGGCUGCAUGAAAUUGCAAGUGAUGACGUUGUAUCUGAGGAUUCGUUUCCCCAAAAGGUCAGAGUGCAGCUCGAUUAUGACCAGGGAAUACUGUCAUUUUUUGACCUCGAUAGGCAAACACUCGUACACACCAUCAAACACACUUUCACAGAAACGGUCUUUCCCUAUUUUCGUGAGAAUGCAAAAAUCCUUCCAGCUGAACUGUCACUGUCAGACACCAGCAGUCAAAUCAACAGCAUGGCUGCAAACGCAUCAGCGUCAGAGAUGGACUGCACCUGCCCCGUGUGCUGCGAUAUCUUCAAGGAUCCGGUUAUCUUGUUGUGCGGCCACAGCUUCUGUAAAGACUGUCUGCAGGAGUGGUGGAGACAGAGCGAACUCCACGCAUGUCCGGUCUGUAAGGAAAUAUUUCCAAUGGCUCAGCCUCCACGAAAUCUGGCAUUGAGAAACCUGUCUGACUCCUGGAGGCAAGAGAGGAGUCGGAGAGCUGACUCUGGAUCUGAAGAGAUCUGCAGUCUGCACAGUGAGAAACUCAAGCUCUUCUGCGAGGAUGAUCAACAGCUCGUCUGCGUGAUUUGUAGAGAUGCUCAAAAACAUAAGAAACACAACUGCGUGCCCAUCAACGAAGCAGCAGAAGUCCAUAGGCUCCGGCUCAAAAUUGAAGUGAUCACACUAAAAAGCAAACUGGGCUCAUUUAAAGGAGAAAAACUCAGCUGUGAUAAAAUGGCCAGCCACAUCCAGCUUCAGGCUCAGCGGGCGGAGAAGACGAUCAAGGAGGAGUUUCAGAAGCUUUACCAGCUCCUGCGAGCGGAGGAGGCUGCCAGGAUCGAUGCAGUGAGGAAAGAGGCGACGCUCAAGUCUGAAGCGAUGAACAUCAGGAUUGUUAAUCUGACUGCUGAGAUCUCGUCACUCAGCGACAGAAUUGAAACCAUAGAGAGGGAGAUGAAGGCGGAGGACAUCUCUUUUAUGCUGAAUGUCAAAUCCACAAUGAAGCGAUCCCAGUGCAACCUGCAAAAACCAGAAACUCCAUCAGGAUCCCUGAUCGACGAGGCCAAACACCUUGGGAACCUGCUGUUCACAGUGUGGAUGAAGAUGAAGAGUCUAAUCCAGUACACUCCUGUAACUCUGGACCCCAACACUGGCGACUCACUUUUGAUUAUGUCAGAACACUUGACCCGUUCAACAAAAGGAGAGAAGUCUCAGCCACUUCCAGACAACCCAGAGAGGCUGCGUGGCGACGACGUUCUGGGCUCUGAAGGCUUCAGCUCUGGAAAACACAGCUGGGAUGUGGAGGUGGGGGGUUUCUGGGGUGUUGGUGUGGCUGCUAGGACCAAUAAUCCAGUCAAUGAAAGGAUCUGGGGCCUAUACAUGUGCGUUUGCUCGAAUAUCCUUCGUGAGCUUACGCCACAGGAUUCUGUAAAAGUUGUAUCUAAGGAUUCGUUUCCCCAAAAGGUCAGAGUGCAGCUCGAUUAUGACCAGGGAAUACUGUCAUUUUUUGACCUUGAUAGGCAAACACUCGUACACACCAUCAAACACACUUUCACAGAAACGGUCUUUCCCUAUUUUCGCGAGAAUGCAAAAAUCCUUCCAGCUGAACUGUCAGUGAGGAAGAGACAACCAGAUAAACAUUUUGCUUUGCAGCAGGGGGCGAGGCCUCGUUUACUUACUUGGAUGAACCAAUGACAUGUAAACCUGAGUGCUGUCCGUCACUGUGCGGGCUUUCCCUGGUUUCUUUAUGGUUCAGUCCAGAUCCAUGUUUGCUGUGGCUCUGCACAAGUUUCUAAAAUUUGAAAAAAAUACAAUGGUACAAAGCACAAUAGUAAAUCUUUGGAGUAUCUGUUUGACAUAACUGAACGUCAAUCAUUGUGUGUUUUAAAUGAUUUGCAAAGAUAAGGCCAAAUAUGUGCACAGUCUCUGUUGAACAUUUUUUUUAUUUUAACUGUUGUGAUUUAAUUUCAGGCUUUUAGAGUUUAAUCAUGUAAAAAAUAAUAAUAUGAUAUAAAUGAAAAUGACUGAACCUGUAUGUACUUCAAUAUCAGUUAAAAUGUAUAUCAAGUCAAAUAUAUCCUAAGAAGUAAAUAAAGCUGUCUGG